AUGGGUUCAACGAUGGCUCGCAUGGCUCCUCCUGAUCGCACGAUCAAGAUGAGCGACUCAGAAAGCAACUCUGCAGAUGCUUCCCUGACUCGAAAGGAUAGUCUGCAAGAACCCAACUCUGACUGGUCCGACGAUGAGGCUUCGCGUAAACCAGGUCUCCCACUUGAAUCCCUAGGAACGGGCCUUUGUUAUGAUGUGCGGAUGCGUUAUCACUGUGAGGUGCGCCCCACUUCGGAGGUACAUCCGGAAGAUCCAAGACGAAUCUACUACAUUUUCAAAGAACUUUGUCAGGCUGGUCUUGUCGAUGAUCCAGAGUCAACUCGACCCUUGGCGCCUAAGACGCUGGUGCGGAUCCCAGCUCGCCCAGCCACCGAAGAAGAAAUCAUCAAAGUCCACACAGGCGCCCACUAUGCGUUUGUUCAGAGCACGAAAGAAAUGUCUGACGAUGCACUCGUGACCUUGGAGCAUAACCGAGAUUCAAUUUAUUUCAACCGCCUCACUUUCGAUUCUGCUCUUUUAUCAGCUGGUGGUGCGAUCGAUACCUGCUUGGCUGUCGCUCAGCGUAAAGUGAAGAAUGCAAUCGCUGUUAUUCGUCCACCAGGCCACCAUGCUGAAAACAAUACGGCAAUGGGCUUUUGUUUGUUCAAUAAUGUCUCGGUCGCAGCGCGCGUAUGCCAACAGACACUGGGCGAUGAAGCUCGUAAAAUUUUGAUUCUUGACUGGGAUGUUCAUCAUGGAAACGGAAUACAAAAGGCAUUCUAUAAUGAUCCAAAUAUUCUUUACAUCUCCAUACAUGUCCAUCAAGACGGCAGAUUUUAUCCUGGCGGUGAGGAAGGAGAUUGGCAUCAUUGUGGUGAGGGUGCAGGAAUCGGAAAAAACGUCAAUAUUCCAUGGCCUGAUCAGGGAAUGGGCGAUGGCGAUUACAUGUACGCUUUCCAACAAGUCGUGAUGCCCAUUGCCAGCGAAUUCAACCCGGAUCUAGUGCUCAUUGCGGCUGGCUUUGAUGCCGCCGCGGGUGAUGUGCUUGGUGGUUGUUUUGUGACACCAGCAUGCUAUGCUCAAAUGACCCAUAUGCUUAUGACCCUCGCCAAUGGCAAGGUCGCGGUUUGUCUGGAGGGAGGAUACAAUUUCCGAUCUAUCUCCAGAUCUGCUCUAUCUGUGACCAAGACGUUAAUGGGUGAGCCACCAGACCGCCUACUCAUCACCACCCCUUCAGAUAUUGCGAUCAACACGGUCCGUCGUGUAAUGGGAAUUCAAGGGGAACACUGGCGUUGCAUGUACCCCAAGCCGCCCAAGCAUCCAGUCUGGUCGGAUCGACUCCACGGUAUGCCCAUAUCGCCAAACUUUUACGAUUCUAUAACGCUCACGAAUAUGGAAGAUGUCCUCCGCGAAGUCCAAAGUAAGCAGCUAUACGAGAGCUUCAAGUUCACGCCGCUUCCAAACUACAAUAAGCACGUUCCGCUUGUUAUUGUAUUCCACGAUGCCCCGGAGAUCGUGGGACAGCCCCACCCCGUCACUAAUAAACUCGAUGCUCAUAACUGCUGGCUAGCUGAUCCCCAAAAGGAGUACAUCGCAUGGUUUAUGGAAAAGGGCUUUGCGGUCAUCGACAUCAACGUUCCCAAACAUAUCACUCCAAACGAGCCCAGUAAAAGAUUUGAAGAUGAUCCCGCCCCCGCCCACGUAACAGAAGAAUUGAUUGCUUAUCUAUGGGACAAUUACAUUUCCGAGAUUUUCUUCCUGGGAAUCGGCAGUGCUUUUCAGGGUGUUGCCAACUUCAUAUGUCAAAGAGGAGACACUCUCCAUGAGCGCAUCAAGGGAUGUAUCUCAUUUGUAGCUGACAAUCCUGUCCGCGCUAUUGCAUCACACGGUUACCCUUGGCUGGCCAGAUGGUACCAUAAUAACUCAUUAGUCUUCGUUUCUCACGUCCAUGGAGUCUGGGAUCGCAAGCGAUCACUUCGGUAUGGAUUUAUGAGAAAAUCCGAGAAAACAGAACUCAGCGAGAUGCUCUCCGAGCACAUGGAUGAAGUUUUCGAAUGGAUAUCCGAUCGUAUUGCGGUACCGAGUGAUGAAGAAGAGGAAGAGGAUGAGGAUAGCUCCCAGAUGAAAGAGUAA